AUGGCUGCCAUCCAGGUGCAAAUCACUCCAACACAAGGGGAGAUCAGCGUCGGAGAGUCCAAAUUUUUCCUCUGCGAAGUGGUGGGAGAUGCUAAAGACAUCGACUGGUACGACCCCAGCGGUGAGAAGAUCCUCCCCAACAGGCCGGACAUCUUCGUGAGCCGCAGCGAUGAGGCCACGUCGACUCUCACCAUCUACCACGCCAACGUGGACAGCGCCGGCAUCUACAAGUGCGUGGCGAAGAACGGGGACAAGGAGGCCCAGGCCACCGUCCAAGUGAAGAUCAUCCAGAAGAUCACCUUCAAGAACGCUCCAAACCCGCAGGAGUUCAACGAGGGCGACGACGCCGACAUCGUCUGCGAUGUUGUCAGCUCGCCGCCAGCCACCAUUAUUUGGAAGUAUAAGGGCGCCAAGAUCCAAGCAGCCAAAGACGUGCGGUUCGGGAUCAUGUCAAACGGCCAUCUGCAGAUACGCGGCAUCAAGAAGACGGAUGAGGGCAUGUACAACUGUGAGGCCCGCGUCAUGGUCAGGGGAGAAAUUGACUUCAGGAUGAUGAAGGUCAUCGUUAAUGUGCUUCCCACCAUCCGUGCCCGGCAGUCGGAGGUCAACGCUACAGCAGAUGUUGGCAGCUCGGCUCUGUUGGCUUGCGAUGCGGACGGCUUCCCCGAGCCCACCGUUACCUGGGCACAUAACAACGUCGUCCUUGAAACGGGCGAUAAGUACAGCCUGAACGGGGAUGGCUCAGAAUUGGAAAUAAAAGAUGUCAAGAAAGUGGAUGAAGGAGAUUACACUUGCAUCGCCAAGAACAAGGCGGGAGAGAAAUCCGAGGAAGUCAGCCUGAACGUGUUCGUGCAACCCGUGAUUACCUACCUGAUGAACCAGACUGCCUCAGAGUUUGACGAACAGGUCACCCUGACCUGCGAGGCGUCCGGCGACCCCACGCCCGCCAUCUCCUGGAGCUUCGGAAACAGAGUCUUCACCGAAGGAGAGCAGGCUUCUUGGACGCGACCAGACAAAUACGAGAGCCUCGACAGAAACGUCGUGGUGCGCAGUCACGCUCGGGUGUCCUCCCUCACCUUGAAGAGCGUCCAGUUCACGUACGCCGGCCAGUACCUCUGCACCGCCAGCAACUCCAUCGGUCAGGACAACCAGCACAUGUACCUGGAAGUGCGCUAUGCUCCAAAGAUCCUGGGCUCGGUGACGGUGUACACGUGGGAGGGAAACCCGGCCAACAUCAGCUGUGAGGUGGAGGCUCACCCGGGAGCCGCGGUGGUUUGGUUCAGAGACGGCCUCCAGCUGCCCAACGCCAACACCACCAACAUGAAGAUCUACAACACGCCAACCAUCAGCUACCUGGAGAUUACCCCUGAUUCCCAAAAUGACUUUGGCAGCUACAACUGCACAGCGACCAAUGUGAUGGGUACCGAAUCCAAGGAGUUCAUCCUCAUCCAAGCAGAGGUUCCAUCGUCGCCAGAAAUCCAACAAGUGGAGCCUUUCUCGAGCACAGCGGUGGUGGAGUUCGAGGAGCCCGUCUCCAUGGGUGGAGUGCCCAUUAUCAAGUACAGAGUGGAAUGGCGUUUGCUCGGGCAGGAAUGGACCGGCAGGGAGUACGACGCCAAGGACGACAUGACCAAGAUCACCAUCGAUGGCCUGAAACCAGAAACCACCUACGAGGUCAAGAUGUCCGCCAUCAACGGCAAAGGCGAGGGCGAGAGCAGCGCGGCCAGCACUUUCAAGACCGAGCCAGUCCGCUAUUCUUUCACAAUUUCAUCAUCGAUACCACCCACUAUUGCCGCCACCGCUAUGAGCCGUAAAGGGGAACCCACUGCCCCCAAACUAGAGGUCAAGGUCCAAGGGGGCAAUUCUCUCAAGGUGAACUGGAUCAAGCAGGACGAUGGUGGUUCCCCCAUUAAACAUUACCUGGUCAGAUACAAGGCUACUCAUGUAUCUGACUGGAAACCAGAGAUUCGCCUUCCCCGCGGCAGUGAGUAUGUAGUGCUGAGCGGCCUGGACUGGAAUACAGAGUAUGAGGUUCGUGUGGUGGCAGAGAAUCAGCGGGGCAAAUCUAAGCCUGGCAUCCUCUCCUUCAGAACAGCCGUAGAGCCCACCACCAUCCCAGACGCCGUGGAGGGCGGCUCGGGCCUGGGCACCGGAGCCAUCGUGGGCAUCCUCAUCGUCGUCUUCUUCCUGCUGCUGGUGGGCGUGGACGUCACCUGCUACUUCCUCAACAAGUGCGGCCUGCUCAUGUGCAUUGCCGUCAACUUCUGCGGGAAGGCCGGUCCCGGCGCCAAGAGCAAGGACAUCGAGGAGGGCAAGGCGGCAUUCACGAAAGAUGAGUCCAAGGAGCCCAUUGUGGAGGUGAGAACAGAGGAGGAAAACACCCCCAACCAAGAGGGAGGCGGUCCCACCGAGCCCAACGAGACCACGCCGCUGACAGAACCCGAGCCUGCGGCUGCAGACACCACCUCCAUGGUGGUGAACUUGCUUCCCUCCACUGCCGUUAACUCGGUCACUGAGAGCUUUAGCACGGCGCAGAGCACCACCCCUGCCAAGUCCUCCCCCAAAAACAGCCCUGCGGCCCCUUCCAGUGCUCCUAACACUAACACCCAGCCUGAAGUCGGGCCCCUGGUUGACCUGAGCGACACCCCUAAAGUUGCCCCCUCGUCCAACCCGACACCCCCUGUGUCAGAGCCGCCCUCUGCUAAUGCCGACGGGCCACAGAGCCAGUGUGACUCAGUCAAAUCCCCCGACAGCAGCCAGAGUAAGGACUUACAAGUAGACGGCCCGGCCAAGGAUGCCCCCAAUGCCCCGUGCACAGACUCCACCACACCAGCCCAAAAUGAUGGUAAGACAGUGAAGGAUGAUAACACUAAAGGCGAGACGGAGGUGAAGAACGCCACAGCCGAGGUGAAGACGGUCCCCAACGAGGCUCCUCAGACGAACGGCAACGAGAGUAAAGCGUAAAAGCUGAAGAAGAGGAAGAAGAAGAAGAAGAAGAAGAGGGGCAAGUUAGGGUUUGGGAGGGUCCUGGGGUGAGAGGGGUUGGGUUUAAGGUUAACAAGAGGGGGGUGGUCACAGUCACUGAAACCUCAGAGCAAUUCCACACACCACCCCAUUGGGAAAAAAUAAAAAAAAAUAAAAAAAAAAACCGAAAAAAAAAAAAAUAAUAAAUCAAAUCAUGGGUCUCUUUCUUCAGUGUCUUCAGUGUAAAGACCUCAUGCACUUGCCUUAGUUCCUUUUACAUUCGUCACCGAUUAAAACAACAACAACAACAAAAAAAAGCAAAAUUCAUACACGUGCUUCACCCUCUCUCUUGUGCGUAAUAUUAAAUCGACGAGCAGUUAAACACGGAACAGAAUCUAUGUUGUUUUCCUCUAGAUAGCCAUGGUUGGACUGUAGCUUUACUUCACAGAUUACUGCCUUCAUGAUGUACACACACGUGUCAGACAUGUACAUUACCAAUACUACUAUCCUUUAUGCAGUACGGUCAUCGUCGUGGUAAUGGAUUAUGGGUCUACUUUUUGUUGAUAUUUCUUUUGUUGAAAUAAUUUGCAGACGUCACUGCCUAUUUAGCUUUUCUUUUUUUUUUUUUAUGUGUUAUUUCCAGUGCUAGAGAUUAGAACAUUAGCAUGCCUGUGUUUUUUGGAUUUUUUUUUUUUUUUGCAAAGUUACUGUAUUUCUGUACAUGUUGCUCUCGUUUGGAUUCCAUCCAAAUGUUUGUUUGUUUGUUUUCCUAAAAUGUUGUCUCCACGUGGUUCUGGUCCAGAAAUCAUUUAGCCGAAGCUCUGAGAAGGAUGUUAAAGAGUUUCGGGGUCUGUCUUCCUGAAAGUUAAGUUCGUAUACGUUUGGUUGGAUGCAUUUUUUUUCCAGUAACGAUUUGUGAAGGUGGUCCAGAUGGAUGUCUAGUAGCAUCCCGGCUGAGGUUACAAAUCAAAUACAGAAGCAAAUGUACCCUCCUGCCCAAUCUGGAUGGCAUUAGGUUUGGGUUUCUGUUGCAUACGAGCCGUAUACAAACUUAACUUUGAGGAGACAGAAAUCGGUUGGAUUUAGAGAAGACUGAAAUAUAACAAGUCUGAAUCCAUCCCAACGGGUCAAAAAGACGUGUCCCAUUCCAAAGGAGAAACACUGCCUUAUUUUGUCGGAAUUUGUAAAAAACGAAAGGAAAAAAAAAAAAAGAAGAAACUCCUGUUCUUUCUGUCUUAAGUAUCCUUCAACAAAAUGCGGAUUUCAGUCUUCAUCAAACACAGGAGGUCAUCCAUAAACUGGACCAAUGGAAAAACAUUUUUUUAAAAAAAGGAUGCUACAGGAUGUAAAUAAUGGAAAGCUAACUUAAAGUCCACCGUUUCUGCUUGGUAGUAAAUUAAGUUAUAGAUUCGCCGGUAACACUGAACACUGUUUUGCCAGCGCGCCAUCCUGUCUGCAAAUGUAGUUUUUAUGUUUUUCUAGUUUGACGAGGACCACGUGUUAGUUUUUAGUCCGUGUGAAGCUCAGGACGGGACCAAUCGCGUUCAAGGUGAAUCCUCUGUGGAUCACGACUCCCUGGUAGCCUCCGGUGCCAUCGUUAGCUCAGCGUCCGUAGUGGUUUACGGAUUAAAUGUUGAUAUUGUCGAAAAUGACUUCUUCUUUUUUGUUUGUUUGAGAACACUCCUUCUCUCCCACACCAACACCUUUUCCAGAGGUUUCCUUUGGUGCUGACAGGUUUGAGGCAGCAUGUUGCUCCGUCUGAGCAAAAUCAAUCAGCGUUUUCUUGGACUGAGAAGAAUUCAGGAAAAAGAAAAAAAAAAGCCUUCAGCCUCGUCCAAACCGGCUGAAUAUUUGGCACACCAGCUUCCGCUGCCCGCAGUUGGACUCGAAUAUCAAAUUCUUUCGCUCUUAUCUGAUUUCUUCUCAUGAGCGUCGUUUAACUUGUUGCCCUAACCUCUGGCGUUCCCCCGAUUGUAACCGAGAUGGCUCAGUUUGCUGUUUCCCCUUCCAACCAUCCGCCAUAGCGGCCUCGCCUGCACCACGUCUGUUGUCAGUGUGAGUUUUUGUCACCGCUGCUCCCAGCGUGUCGCGGUUAAUUAUUUAAGUAGUUUGUGCCUGCAGUGACGUGACUUGUGUUGUAGAUUUAGCGAAGCGUCUUCUGGUCUCACGCCGUCGUGUACAGUUGCUGGAACGUUUCUUUUAAACUGACUCUUUAUUAAAACACCGGUCCAGAAAUCUGUGAAAUUUGUUGAGUUGAAUAAUUAAAGAAAACACACUUAAGUCAUGUGGUGUUUAGCAUCUGAUCAGAAUUUGGAUGAAUUUGACUCCGGGAUUGAUUUGGGCGGUUUUCUCAUCGGUCAGUUUUCUAAUCAGGAAUCCAGUUGAUUUGAGGUCUGCUGAGCGUGUUCAGGCAGCUCCCACCAGAGCAGACAGCUGGAAUCGUUUCACUCACUGACAACAGUAAGAAACCACAUCUUUGGUCUAAAUCUGGAUUUAUUGCUAAUUUUUGAUUUUAAAAAACAACAUCCAGACAAUCCAGGAGAUUGUUAAUGUUUAGUGGAACCUGAUUCUUGUGUCUGCUACUCUAAAGUCGUGUCGAGACAAACGCUGAACCAAACCACAGCCCAGACUGGACUCUUUCCAGAACCGACCUUCUUCCAUAGCGUCCACCAGCAUGUCCUGCAUCGCUUUCACCAGCUUCAGACUGUCGACCGGUCAGCUCCACUAACCCGCUCUGAGUUUAUUACACAGUUUUAUACUCUCAAUUUAUGAUGCACAUUAUUCAUAAGGAUUAUUUUUUGUUCCAAUGCCAGCUGGUGAUGGUUAUUUAGCGUUCCACAUGUGUAACGGAAAAAAAAAAAUACAGUGAAACCAAUGUGUAAAACUGUCAAAAUUUAAUCUGUUUAAACUAAAAAGCUCAAACUGUCACAGGUCCUGAGGAUUCCUUUGGAAAAAUGUGUUAUUGUUAAAGUUUGGCUCAAAUGGAUCAGUGUCUGUAAAUGAAUGUACACUCCGUUAUAAGCAUCGCCUGAUUCUUUCUUUUUUUUCCCCCCCUCCAUUAAAUCUGAGUUAAUAAAUUUGGCCUCUUUUAACCAGGAAGUAAAUCAUCUAUGAGGUCUAAAGGUAAAAAAAAAAAAAAAGCUUUUCUCAAGCCUGCUUUAGAUUUUGAAGCAUCCAGUCCGUCUGACCGUUUUUUUUGUACAGCGUUCCUCCUACUCUAGACUGCAAGCUAGUACACUGUGAAUGUGCGAGUCCAUUGUGUCCUUUUUUUUUUUUUUUUUUGUCAUAGAGUCGAGCAGAUAGUUUGAUUGUGAAGAGACGUAGCCGAUAGUAUGUGACAGGAUCUCCGACGUUCAGACGUCUGACGGCAGCAAACUGGAAAGACACAGUGCCUUUUGAGUGAGAAAAUGGUGGCGUGCAUCCUCUCAGUGUCUGCAUUAAAAGUUUCACACCUCCAUCGUCAAUUUUUUUGCUUUUUUUUUUCCAUUCGCCGCUUUUGGUUGUAAAAAAAAAAAAAAAAGCUUGUUUGAACUGUCUCAUACUCUGAAUGGUUGUGUCAGUGUGUUCCUGUACAUACACAUAGUUAUUGGGUUCCUUACACUGUCCUCGUUAAAGGAUAAAUCUGGUUUAUUGCAAUUUGGAUCUUAUAUUUGUAGGUUUGUCCAUCUUUUCUAUCAUCAUGAUAAACAUUCUACACAGCAGAUCUGUUUCUGGAAUUGGAAUUGCAUAAAUAAACGUAUGUGCGAAUACAAACGAUGGUGAAAACUGCAAAAAUAACACCCAAGUUGUAAAAAAAAAAACUCCCAUCACAUGCCAUCAAUGACUCUUUGCUCAGGUCCCAUAUUCUCUAAAAAACAUCUGAAGUAGUUAGAUUUGUCUGAGGCAAGUAUGUGGAACAAAAUAUUAGAUAUUAUCAUCACACUUCUUUUUUUUUUUUUUUCUUGUGGAGAAAUUAAUGAAGGCUUCAUGAACUGUGUUGGUCUUUUUUCCAGUGUUGUGUAACUUGUCCUGUUUCCUAAAUUCUGCUUCAAACGAAUCCUGUUUUUCUCACGGAGCUCUGAAAUGUAAUAAAGAAAAGAAAAAAAACAACGGAGGGAGAUGUAUCGUAAGCAAAUCUUUCUGUUUCUGCUGAAAUAUUAGUGUGAAAAUAUACAGAAAACAACAUUUUUUUUCUUUGUUUGUCCUAAAAACAAGCUUGGAAACACUCUGGGAUUGCAAAUGCGGGACCCAUUGUUGUGCAAGUGUACGUGAAAGCUUCUUUUUUUUUUUUCGUUUUCUUUACUACCCAUGUCACGCCUCCUGAAAUUCAUUUCUGAAGGACAUCGGGUGAGCCACACUUCUUUGUUCAGAUACCUCAAAAAUGCAAGAAUGACACAGGAGAAGCCUUGCAUUUUUCUCUUUGAAUCCGCCACUUGAUUCAGUCAGAAUAAAGACGUCUGCUCGAGGAGGAGGUUUUUUUUUUUUCAGGGUUUCGGGAAAAAAGAAAAAAAAAAAAAACAAGAUGAAAACAUCCCUCCAAGGUUCUCUGUCUCGCAGUAAGAAUCACCAAAUGUAUAACACCCAACUUCUUCAUAUUCAGUCAGACGGGAGCCUUGAGCCUCAUUGAUCCAGAGCUCCUCGUGUCUUCAGCUCCUUCCUCCGUCAGCAGCAGCUCCCGGGUCAGAACCCGUCUGUCCGCCGUCCCCCACCCCCACCCCGGUGUAAAUACUGAAUACUAACUGAGGAAAGAAGGAAAACACAGUUUGACUUUGCAUUCUGCCAGAAAAAUUUUUGUGUUCAAUAAAAUUAAA